ACGCGGAUUUCUUUUGUAAUGGUAAUGUUUACGGCUCUAUUUCUUCUGUAUCAACAUCCUAUACCCGUGUGACAUCAUCGGGUUGUUAUCUAUAGACACCAUUGAUAAAAACACACGACAUGGGUCCAAACCCCGUUUUUACAUUCAUAACUACUAUCUUUAUUCAUAUAAUAGACGCCGCAAAGAUUCUUGCAACGCACGCGCAGUAUCGUUUAGCUGUUCCUCAGUCAAAGCAGCAUCAGUGCCUACUUCAUUGAGGAGGAUUCAAACUUCCGGUACUGUCAUGGCGACAUGGUGGUGUGUCUGAUAAAAGAAAGAAAAAUAAACUGAUCCCCGUCAUCAUCAGAAUUUGAGGAUUAACGGGUUGCAAUUUGCAGAGGAACCAUUAUUUAUACGGAUCAUUUAAAGUGGCCCAUCGCGGCUCGCACCCGGCCAUGGCGGCGCAUAAACCCGUGGAAUGGGUUCAGGCCGUAAUUAAUAGAUUCGACGAGCAGCUUCCAGUCAAAGUAGGCCAACAGAACACUCACACCAGAGUCAGCACGGAGCACAACAGGGAAUGCCUCAUCAACAUCUCAAAGUACAAGUUCUCACUGGUCAUCAGUGGCCUCACAAACAUACUGAAGAAUGUGAACAACAUGCGAAUAUUUGGGGAUGCUGCCGAGAAGAACCUGUAUCUCUCUCAGCUCAUCAUCCUGGACACCCUGGAGAAAUGUCUCGCUGGGCAACCAAAGGACUGCCUGCGUCUGGACGAGACCAUGCUGGUGAAGCAGCUGCUGCCAGAGAUCUGCCACUUCAUCCACACGUACCGCGAGGGCCACCAGCACGCCGCCGAGCUCCGUAGCUCCGCCUCCGGGGUCCUUUUCUCCCUCAGCUGCAACAACUUCAACGCCGUGUUCAGCCGCAUCUCCACCAGGUUGCAGGAGCUCACCGUGUGUUCAGAGGACACCGUAGAUGUCCAUGACAUUGAACUCAUCCAGUACAUUAAUGUGGAUUGUGCCAAGCUGAAGAAACUUCUCCAGGAGACUGUGCUUAAAUUCAAAGCCCUUAAGAAGCCUGCCCAGCUAAGUGUCAUUAACAGUUUAGAAAAGGCCUUCUGGAACUGGGUGGAGAACUACCCUGAUGAGUUCACCAUGCUGUACCAAAGGCCACAGACAGACAUGGCCGACUGUGCUGAGAGGCUGUUCGACCUGGUGGACAGUUUUGCUGAGAGUGCCAAGAGGAAGGCAGCCGUGUGGCCUCUGCAGAUCAUCCUCCUCAUCCUCUGUCCCAACAUCACACAGGACCUCUCCAGAGAGACCGUGGAAGACACGAAGGUCAACAAGAAACUGUUCCUGGAGAACCUGAGGAAGGCGCUGGCCGGGCACGGGGGCAGUAAACAGCUGACAGAGAGUGCAGCCAUCGCCUGUGUGAAACUGUGUAAGGCCUCCACCUACAUCAACUGGGAGGACCACUCUGUUAUUUUCCUCCUGGUGCAGUCCAUCGUGGUUGACCUCAAGGCUCUGCUCUUUAACCCAGCCAAGCCUUUCUCCAGAGGGGCAGGCAGCCAGAAUGCAGAUGUGGACCUCAUGAUUGACUGCUUUGUCUCCUGUUUCCGCAUCAAUCCUCACAACAACCAGCACUUUAAGGUGUGCCUGGCAUCAUCCUCCCCUCCCACCUUUCAUUUUGUCCUGGUCAACUCCCUGCACAGAAUCAUCACUAAUUCUCCAUUGGACUGGUGGCCCAAGAUUGACGCAGUGUACUGCUACUCAGGAGAGCUUCGGACCAUGUUUUCGGAGUCUCUGGGCCACGUGAUGAGGGGCUGCAGUACGCACGCCCCUCUCCGCAUGACUCCGAGUCUGACCUUCAAAGAGAAGAUGACCAGUCUGAAGUUCAAAGAGAAGACCACAGACCUUGACACACGGAGCCACAAGUACCUGCUGCUGGCCCUGGUCAAGCUCAUCCACGCUGACCCCAAACUCAUGCUGCAUAACCCAGCUAAGCAGGGUCAGGAGAUCCAGAGCAGCACAGCCGAGCUGAUCACUGGCCUGGUUCAAUUGGUUCCUCAGACCAGCAUGGGAGAAUGUUCCCAAGAGGCCAUGGAGGCCCUCCUGGUCCUCCAUCAACCUGAGACCAUUGAGCUUUGGAACCCAGAUGCACCCAUCGAGACCUUCUGGGACAUCAGUUCCCAGGUCCUUUUUUUCAUCUGUAAAAAGCUGGUUGGCCACCAGAUGAUCAACAGCACAGAGAUCCUGAAGUGGCUGAGGGAGAUCCUCAUCUGCAGGAACAAAUUCCUUCUCAGGAACAAGGAGCGGGCUACAGUGGGCAGUGGCAUCCCCAUCUGCAGGCAAGCCCAAACUAAGCUGGAGGUGUGUCUUUACAUGUUCCUGUGGAGCCCUGACAUGGAGGCCGUUCUGGUGGCCAUGUCCUGCUUCAGACACCUCUGUGAGGAAGCGGAGGUGCGCUGCGGCGUGGACGAGGUGCCUGUGCAGACCAUUCUGCCCAACUACAACACCUUCAUCGAGUUUGCCUCGGUCAGCAACAUGAUGUCCACAGGCCGCUCAGCCCUUCAGAAGAGAGUGAUGGCUCUGUUGAGGAGGAUAGAACACCCUACUGCCGGAAACACUGAGGCAUGGGAAGACACACAUGCCAAGUGGGAGCAGGCCACGAAAUUAAUCCUCACCCACCCUAAAACUAAGCUAGAGGACGGCCAGGAGUGGGUGAACAUGACAGGCUUCCUGUGUGCUCUGGGCGGGGUGUGCCUGCAGCAGCGCAGCGCUCCCGGCCUGGCCACCUACAGCCCUCCCAUGGGCCCUCUCACGGAGAGGAAGGGCUCCAUGAUCUCCAUGGGCUCCUGUGAGGGCAACGCCGAGACGCCCCUGGGCCGCUUCCUGGACCGCCUGCUCUCCCUCAUGGUCUGCAGUCACGAGAAGGGCGUUCAGAUCCGAACCAACGUCAAGGACCUGGUGGGCCUGGAGCUCAACCCUGCUCUCUACCCGAUGCUCUUCAACAAACUCAAGAACGGUAUCAGCCGCUUCUUCGACGCACAAGGGCCAGUCCCCAUCAAUGACACUAAUACCCAGUUUGUGGAGCAGACCAUUGCCAUCAUGAAGAACCUGCUGGACAACCACACAGAGGGCAGCUCUGAGCACCUGGGACAGGCCAGCAUAGAGACCAUGAUGCUCAACCUGGUCAGGUACGUGCGUAUCCUGGGAAACAUGGUGCACGCCAUCCAGAUCAAGACCAAGUUGUGUCAGCUGGUGGAGGUGAUGAUGGAGCGAAGGGACGACCUGUCCUUCUGCCAGGAGAUGAAGUUCAGGAAUAAGAUGGUGGAGUACCUGACAGACUGGGUGAUGGGGACAUCAAACCAGGCAGCUGACGACGAUGUCAAGUGUCUCACCAGGGACCUGGACCAGGCCAGCAUGGAGGCGGUGGUGUCUCUGCUUGCCGGCCUGCCCCUACAGCCUGAGGAAGGAGAUGGGGUGGAGCUUAUGGAGGCCAAGUCCCAGCUCUUCCUGAAGUACUUCACCCUGUUCAUGAACCUGCUGAAUGACUGCAGCGAGGUGGAGGAUGAUGGGCAGCAGGUGGCAGGGAGGAAGAGGGGCAUGUCCCGACGCCUGGCCUCCCUCCGACACUGUACGGUCCUGGCCAUGUCCAACCUCCUCAAUGCCAAUGUGGACAGUGGCCUCAUGCACUCCAUCGGUCUGGGCUACCACAAGGACCUACAGACGCGGGCCACCUUCAUGGAGGUGCUGACUAAGAUCCUCCAGCAGGGGACGGAGUUCGACACGCUGGCUGAGACAGUGCUGGCCGACCGCUUCGAGAGGCUGGUGGAGCUAGUCACCAUGAUGGGAGACCAGGGAGAGCUGCCCAUCGCCAUGGCACUGGCCAAUGUGGUGCCCUGCUCCCAGUGGGACGAGCUGGCGCGGGUGCUGGUGACGCUCUUCGACUCCCGACACCUCCUGUACCAGCUGCUGUGGAACAUGUUCUCCAAGGAGGUGGAGCUGGCUGACUCCAUGCAGACACUUUUCAGGGGGAAUAGUCUGGCCAGCAAGAUCAUGACCUUCUGCUUUAAGGUAUACGGAGCCACGUACCUGCAGAAGCUACUAGAACCUCUCCUUAGAGGGGUUAUCAGCGGCCCUGAAUGGCAGCUCAUCAGCUUUGAGGUGGACCCCACCAGGCUGGAGCCGAGUGAGAUCCUGGAGGAGAACCAGAGAAAUCUGCUGCAGAUCACUAACCGCUUCUUCUUGGCGAUCAUCAACUCCUCCACAGAGUUCCCCCCUCAGCUACGCAGUGUAUGUCACUGCCUGUUCCAGGCAACUUGUCACUCUCUACUGAAUAAAGCCACAGUUAAAGAGAAAAAGGAAAGCAAAAAAGCAGUGGUCAGCCAGCGUUUCCCCCAGAACAGCAUAGGGGCGGUGGGCAGUGCCAUGUUCCUGCGUUUCAUCAACCCGGCCAUUGUUUCGCCGUAUGAAGCGGGCAUUCUGGAUAAGAAGCCCCCACCCAGGAUAGAGAGGGGUUUGAAGCUCAUGUCCAAGAUCCUACAGAGCAUUGCCAACCAUGUUUUAUUCACCAAAGAGGAGCACAUGAGGCCUUUUAAUGACUUUGUCAAAAGCAACUUUGAUGCAGCUAGAAGGUUUUUCCUGGACAUUGCGUCAGACUGCCCUGCCAGUGACUCGGUCAACCACAGCCUGUCCUUUAUCAGCGAUGGAAACGUUCUUGCACUGCAUCGUCUGCUUUGGAACAACCAGGAAAAAAUUGGGCAGUAUCUCUCCAGCAACAGGGACCACAAAGCUGUUGGGAGACGGCCGUUUGACAAGAUGGCCACCCUCCUGGCCUACCUAGGGCCCCCAGAGCACAAACCUGUGGCUGACACCCACUGGUCCAGCCUCAACCUCACCAGCUCCAAGUUUGAAGAGUUUAUGACCAGACAUCAGGUACAUGAGAAAGAAGAGUUCAAAGCCCUGAAGACCCUCAACAUCUUCUACCAGGCUGGCACCUCCAAGAACGGCAACCCUGUGUUCUACUACGUCACUAGACGAUUCAAGACGGGCCAGAUCAAUGGCGAUCUCCUCAUCUACCACGUGUUGCUGACCCUGAAGCCCUACUACGCCAAGCCCUAUGAGAUCGUGGUGGACCUGACCCAUGCUGGACCCAGCAACCGAUUCAAGACCGACUUCCUGUCUAAGUGGUUUGUAGUGUUCCCAGGCUUUGCUUACGAGAACGUGGCGGCCAUCUACAUCUACAACUGCAACACGUGGGUGAGGGAGUACACCAAGUACCAUGAGAGGCUGCUGACGGGCCUGAAGGGAAGUAAAAAACUGCUGUUCAUCGACUCCCCAGCGAGGCUGGCGGAGCACGUGGAGCCUGACCAGCAGAAGCUGCCUGCGGCCACGCUGGCCUUGGAGGAAGACCUCAAGGUGUUCCACAACGCCCUCAAACUAGCCCACAAGGACACCAAGGUCUCUAUCAAGGUGGGCUCCACGGCAGUCCAGGUGACGUCGGCAGAGCGCACCCGUGUCCUGGGCCAAUCGGUCUUCCUCAAUGACAUCUACUACGCCUCGGAGAUAGAGGAGAUCUGCCUGGUGGACGAGAACCAGUUCACCCUGACCAUGGCCAACCAGGGCACACCCCUGACCUUCAUGCAUCAGGAGUGCGAGGCCAUCGUCCACUCCAUCAUCCACAUUAGGACGCGCUGGGAGCUGUCCCAACCCGACUCCAUACCUCAGCACACCAAGAUCAGGCCCAAAGAUGUUCCGGGCACCCUGCUCAACAUCGCCCUGCUCAACCUGGGCAGCUCCGACCCCAGCCUAAGGUCUGCUGCCUACAACCUGCUGUGUGCCUUAACCUGCACCUUCAACCUGAAGAUCGAGGGCCAGCUGCUGGAGACCUCAGGCCUGUGUAUCCCUGCCAACAACACUCUCUUCAUAGUGUCCAUCAGCAAGACGCUGGCUGCCAAUGAACCACAUCUUACCCUGGAGUUCCUGGAGGAGUGCAUCUCUGGAUUCAGUAAAUCGAGUAUUGAGUUGAAGCACCUGUGUCUGGAGUACAUGACCCCCUGGCUGCUCAACCUUGUGCGGUUCUGUAAGCACAAUGAUGACGCCAAACGCCAGCGUGUCACCGCCAUCUUGGACAAGCUUAUUACCAUGACCAUCAACGAGAAGCAGAUGUACCCCUCAAUCCAGGCCAAGAUCUGGGGCAGCCUGGGACAGAUAACAGACCUGUUGGACGUGGUGCUGGACAGCUUCAUCAAGACCAGUGCUACAGGAGGCCUGGGCUCCAUCAAGGCUGAGGUCAUGGCCGACACGGCUGUGGCUCUGGCCUCGGGGAAUGUCAAGCUGGUGUCCAGUAAGGUGAUCAUCCGCAUGUGCAAGAUCAUCGACAAGACGUGCCUGUCCCCCACGCCCACCCUGGAGCAGCACCUGAUGUGGGACGACAUCGCCAUCCUGGCCCGCUACAUGCUCAUGCUGUCCUUCAACAACUCCCUGGACGUGGCCGCCCACCUGCCCUACCUGUUCCACGUGGUCACCCUGCUGGUGGCCACCGGCCCCCUGUCCCUCAGAGCCUCCACGCACGGCCUGGUCAUCAACAUCAUCCACUCCCUCUGCACCUGCUCACAGCUCAACUUCAGCGAGGAGACCAAACAGGUUCUGAGGCUGAGUCUGACGGAGUUCAGCCUGCCCAAAUUCUACCUGCUGUUCGGCAUCAGCAAGGUCAAGUCCGCGGCUGUUAUAGCCUUCCGCUCCAGCUACCGCGACCGCUCCUUCUCCCCCGGCUCCUAUGAGAGGGAGACCUUUGCCCUUUCCUCCCUGGAGACGGUCACCGAGGCCCUCCUGGAGAUCAUGGAGGCCUGUAUGAGGGACAUACCUGGCUGUAAAUGGCUGGACCAAUGGACAGAGCUGGCUCAGAGGUUUGCGUUCCAGUACAACCCGUCCCUGCAGCCCAGAGCCCUGGUGGUGUUUGGCUGCAUCAGUAAGAGGGUGACCCACGGUCAGAUCAAACAGAUCAUCAGGAUCCUCAGCAAGGCCAGCCCCCUGCUCAGCAUCGACCGGGGUCUGGAGAACUGUCUAAAGGGCCCUGAUAAUUACAACAGCCAGGUGCUGAUAGAGGCCACAGUCAUCGCUCUCACCAAGCUGCAGCCUCUCCUCAACAAGGACUCCCCCAUGCACAAGGCUCUGUUCUGGGUGGCCGUGGCCGUGCUCCAGCUGGACGAGGUCAGCCUGUACUCUGCCGGCACUGCCCUGCUGGAGCAGAACCUCCACACGCUGGACAGCCUCAAGGUCUUCAACGACAAGAGUCCGGAGGAGGUGUUCAUGGAGAUCCGGAAGCCCCUGGAGUGGCACUGUAAACAGAUGGACCACUUUGUGGGCCUGAACUUCAACUCCAACUUCAACUUUGCACUAGUGGGCCACCUGUUGAAAGGAUACAGACACCCGUCGCCCAACACGGUGGCCAGGACCAUCCGCAUCCUCCACACGCUGCUGGCCCUCGUGGGGAAACACCUCAACUGUGACAAGUUUGAGGUGAACACCCAGAGCGUGGCCUACCUGGCAGCUCUCCUCACCGUGUCGGAGGAGGUCCGCAGUCGCUGCAGCCUCAAGCACAGGAAGUCCCUGCUCCUCUCAGACGUUACCAUGGAGAAUGUUCCCAUGGACACGUACUCCGUGCACCACAGUGACUCCGGCUGCAGGACCCUUCGGGAGAGUCAGCCGUGGACCUCCCCCAAGGUGUCGGAGCGUUACCUGGUGGUCCAUUACCCCACGGUGGGCCAGGUCAGCCCCCGCACACGCAAGUCCAUGAGCCUGGACAUGGGCCAGCCUUCCCAGGCCAACACUAAGAAACUGUUGGGUACUAGAAAGAGUUUUGAUCACUUGAUAUCAGACAGCAAAGCACCAAAGAGGCCGGAAAUGGAGUCUGGCAUCACCACGCCUCCAAAGAUGAGGAGGGUGGCGGAGAACGACUACGAAAUCGAGUCGACCCAAAGAAUCUCCCACCACACCCUCCGAAAGGUGUCUGUGUCAGAGUCUAAUGUCCUGUUGGAUGAGGAAGUCCUCACAGACCCCAAGAUCCAGGCUCUGCUGCUCACUGUCCUGGCUACGUUGGUGAAGAAUACCACAGACGAAUUUGACCAGAGAAUCCUGUACGAGUUUUUAGCUGAAGCUAGUGUUGUCUUCCCCAAGGUCUUUCCAGUUGUUCACAACCUGUUGGACUCGAAGAUCAGCACCCUCCUAUCACUGUGCCAGGACCCCAACCUCCUGAACCCCAUCCAUGGCAUCGUGCAGAGCGUGGUGUUCCACGAGGAGUCCCCUCCACAGUACCAGCCUUCGUACCUGCAGAGCUUUGGGUUCAAUGGUCUAUGGAGAUUUGCAGGGCCCUUCUCGAAGCAAACCCAGAUCCCGGACUACGCCGAGCUGAUCGUGAAGUUUCUGGACGCUCUGAUUGACACGUAUCUGCCGGGCAUCGACGAGGAGACGAGUGAGGAGUGCCUGCGUACGCCCACGUCCCCCUACCCCCCCCCUGUCCAGAGCCAGCUCAGCAUCACAGCCAAUCUCAACCUCUCCAACUCCAUGACCUCCCUGGCCACCUCACAGCACUCCCCAGCUUCUCUGCCUUGCUCUAAGUCUGCCGUUUUCGGCCCACACCUCGUCCAGCCAGGUAUUACAGCCCCUCCUCCCCAUGCUGUUCCUCACUCCCAGGCACAAGGCACAGCCUCUCAGAGGUGUCGACAAGGAAAACGUGGAGCUCUCUCCGACAACGGGUCACAGCAACAGCGGGCGCACGCGGCACGGCUCCGCCAGCCAGGUCCAGAAGCAGCGCAGCGCCGGCAGCUUCAAACGGCCCAGCAUCAAGAAGAUCGUAUGAGAGGGGCCCUCUGAGGGGCCAGCCACGCCAGUCACCAUGCUGCACCUCCAACCGCACUUCUGUCUCCGUCAUUCUGUCUAGAUCAGCCUUGAUUCUCACUCCGUUUGGUGUUCCCCCCCCUUCUGUCUCCGUCAUUCUGUCUAGAUCAGCCUUGAUUCUCACUCCGUUUGGUGUUCCCCCCCUUCUGUCUCCAUCAUUCUGUCUAGAUCAGCCUUGAUUCUCACUCCGUUUGGUGUUCCCCCCCUUCUGUCUCCGUCAUUCUGUCUAGAUCAGCCUUGAUUCUCACUCCGUUUGGUGUUCCCCCCCUUCUGUCUCCGUCAUUCUGUCUAGAUCAGCCUUGAUUCUCACUCCGUUUGGUGUUCCCCCCCCUUCUGUCUCCGUCAUUCUGUCUAGAUCAGCCUUGAUUCUCACUCCGUUUGGUGUUCCCCCCCUUCUGUCUCCGUCAUUCUGUCUAGAUCAGCCUUGAUUCUCACUCCGUUUGGUGUUCCCCCCUUUCUGUCUCCGUCAUUCUGUCUAGAUCAACCUUGAUUCUCACUCCGUUUGGUGUUCCCCCCCUUCUGUCUCCAUCAUUCUGUCUAGAUCAGCCUUGAUUCUCACUCCGUUUGGUGUUCCCCCCCUUCUGUCUCCGUCAUUCUGUCUAGAUCAGCCUUGAUUCUCACUCCGUUUGGUGUUCCCCCCCCUUCUGUCCAGUCAGACAUAUUUGCUUGACGAUCAACAUAUAUUGAAGAACUCUAUGAAUACGAUGCAUUAUUUUUGCAGUUUUGUUCAUGAAAAAUGAAUCUGCCUGGGGUUUUUUUAUGUUGUGUGUGUUUUUUUUUUAAGUACAGAAUCUUUUGUUUUUUACAGCAUUAGUUAAAAGAAAACUGACAACACAGCAGAAACAGUAGAGAUCCCACCUGAAGCCAUGUCAUUGGUUGUUGUCUCGCCUCCUUGUCUUUUUGUAUCACAAUGACAGUGUUAGAAGAACAUUUCUGUAUUUGCACAAUCGUCUGUAAUUCAACCUGCCUUUGAAGUGUUGUUAGUAGAAGGACAUAAUUUCUUCAGUUUGAGAAAGCUUUGCCAACGGGGCUAAACUAGAUCAAAGGACAAGUGAUUCCUCUCAUUGGGACACAUGAAGAUAAAGAGGGAUUGGACCUUGCGACCCAGGGUUGAGGAAAGGAUUGCCUCUUGCCCACCAGGUUAACACUACCAUUACACACACACACACACACAUCAGUAUGGUGGAAAUGGAGAAAACCCUGUUUUAGAACAUCAGAAAGCGUGGCCAAGAAUAGACACUAGUGUUUUCCUGUGUUGUGCUUGUGGGGAAUGGACUAUGGAGUGUCUGGGGUGAUCUAAUGAUGGCCAAGCCAUGUGUCCUUAUUGGUUACUGAUUGUCAAAGCUAUGGGGAUUAGUUUUGAUUAGGGAAUAUUUAUAUUCCCAUGAUGUCUUUGGGAGGUGGGGGGGGGGGUUGUUGGACAGUGCUGUUGGAUAUCAUCAGUUUUCAGAGCUAUAGCUUUUAAUCGUUUCAUGACUUUAUUUUCUAUAACACUAUGUCAGGUGUAACUUGAAGAGGACUAAUCUGGAGAUAAACAAGAUCAGACCGUGUCCUGUGGUCAAAUUGGAAAUAUACUGAUGUAGUGGUAGUCUUUCAAUAAUAAUGUCUCAUUCUUGCUCACUCUUACUGUAAACACACAAGAGAUAGGCUGUUUUUGUUCAUUGUGUGCCUUUUCUAGGGUUUUCAGAGGUUUAUAAUGAAAUAACAAAUGCAAUCAGCGAUACAGGUACUACUGUAGAUGGUGAUUCUGUAUAAAUGUAUAUUUAUAUACAGUUACAAGUAUUGUAAACAUUACAUUCUGAAAGUAUACAGUCAUUACUAAUCUGCUGCCUGAUACCAAUUGCCCUGUGUGGUUAAAUAUUCAUGGAAAACAUUGCUAACAUUCUGUACCUCGUGUCAAAACAACUAUUCCCAUAGAAAUUCCAUGACACUAGGGACCAGAUUUGCUGAGUGUUUGCAUCUAAUCGUGUUGCACCUGAUUUUUUUUAAGAAUGAAUGAAAUGUUUGUUGGAACAGUGAUGAUUAACCUUUGUUUGUGUCAAUGAAAGAGGACUCCUUGUCUUUACCAUUGUGGUGUCUGAGCGCACAAACAUCUCCAUUGAGGUCAUGUUAAUGUUGAAGUAGUGCGUUUUCAUUUUCUGCUACAAACUGAAAGAAUAACAGACCUCGGGUGGGUUGUUUGAACAAGUCUAAAACCUACAUUGGCAAAUGACAUCCAUGUAGUUUUGUGAUGUUUACGUAGAAGCAUAAUUAAUUGGCUGAUGACCUGGAUGAAGUUACAGUACGUAAUCAUUCCUUAACCCAUAGGAAGUGCUACCUAGUUGACUAUUUCAAAAGGGGUUAUUUCUAAAUGGUCAUACCUGUGUUAAAAUAGAUUUUUGGAACUGGAGUCCUCUAUCAUUCUCUAUGGUUUAUCUUUGUCUUUUAUUUUUAUUUUGCCCAAAUUGAUGCCAAUUAUAUUUUGGUUGAAAAGCUUUAGUAAAUCUGCCCCGGUUCAUGAUGUAAAUAGUAACAAUAUUUAUUUGUUGUAAAGUAUUUGCAAUUACAUAGUUAUGAUUUAUUUUAGAUUUGACUUUGAAUUUUUCAUUUCAAAAAGCCUGUUUGUAAUUAGAAAAGAUGUAAGAUUUGAAAUAUGGAUUGGACUACAGAACAGGGUUUGUAAUCACCUCAAAACCCAUACCUACUAAUGCUCACUAUCUUAACAAUCAGCAUAAUGGAAAAACAAGAAAACAUGGAAGGUUUAGGCAUCUAGAGACGAUGGUCUGGCUGUCUGCUCUCCGAUAGGAUAACUGUGUGUGUUAAGAAUACAACUGAACAGGGUGUUAUUGGCUGUUUUUGCCUUUGUCUUCCCCUCAUUAGUCUGUAGAGUAAUUAAUGUAAAGGUCUAGGCGCGGGUCAGUUCCAUGAUGCAGUGCAGCCAGCUCCGGGACGCCGCACCAAAGACUAGCUUCCACAAGCAAAAGGAAAAUGCCAAUCUGUUUUACCAUCAUUUACUUUGUCUCUGAGCCUUUGCAGUUCAUCCAACAGGGCUUGCUCUGAGACCGAGCAUUCGGUAAACCCUAAAGACUUUCCUUUUAAUAACGACAUGGUGCAGUUUAAGCAGCACAGGAGUCCUUUUCCAUUUCUGGUGGAGCUUGGUUCUUAAUUUCUGCUGUUUGAGAUUGUGUAGCAAGAAACAAACCAGUGCCAUACACUGAGUCUGUGAAGUAAUGUUUUGGAAGCUUGAGCCAACUCCAGAAUGUUUUUGUAAGUGUGCUUGUUGUCACAUUAACAUUUAUGUUAAUCAUGGGGUCAGACACAAUCCUGUUAGUGUUUUUUUGUUCGUUUUUUUUUUUUACUUGCAUUUGCUACAGAGAGUGCUUGCACGUGGGCCUGGUGUGUUAUGUAAACUGAUUAGAAGUCGGUGAGAGGAGAGGGAUGAAAUGAGGACUGAACGUUUGUUUAAAAAAACUGCGUGAAGUGAAUGUUUUACAGGCCAUUUUUAUUUGUCACAUAUCCUGCCAUCUUAACAAUCAGUAACCAUGCUCAACCAUACAUUUGUUUUCCUAUUCUAUUCAUCUGGCUUAGAUUGGACAUGAUGACCAGAAAAUGAACAAUGUGCACACUUAGUUAUUUCUUUCCAAAUUUAAAGUAUGUUGGUGCUGUUGAGAGUUAAUGAACCAUAUAUGUAAAGAAGUUGAUUUAAAUGCUUAGAUUUUGUUUACAAUUGUUAUCAUAUACUUGAAUCAAGAGGAUAUAAGUCUAGAAGAAGCAGUUCCUCUAUAGAAAGGGACAAAAACAAUGCUUUCAAAAGUAUAACGGAACAAGUUCACCAAACACAAUCAACAAGAUUUCAAAAGCUCUAAUGUGAAGGAAACCAAAGUUAAGGAAAUGCAAAGUAGUAUACACAAACUAUUAAACUACUGGUGUAUUAUUCUUUUAUUUUAAACAGUCCUCUGAGAAGUAUAAUGUCAUGUAAUAAUCUAGAAUUUACAGUUUGCUUUCAUAGACAUGAUCAAAGUAGUGAAAGAGAGAUGGACCAAGCUAUGAAUCCAUGCAAACCACAAUGUUAGAUUUUCCUUAUGUAUGUUCUUUUUGUACAGUUAAUGGUGGUUAAAACUGCAGCAUCCUUCAUAAUGUGCUUUGAUGUGUGUAUCGUAAAUGUAUCAAUUCCUCUUUUUUUCCUGUCCUCAUCAAACUUUUAUGAACGUUAUAGAUCUGUUUCUAGCUUGUGUUUUCAGGGAUAACUCCAACUGUUUGUUUAUUUUAUUUUACAGUAUAAACCAGACAGAGCACACUUUGAUAACUGUAUCUUCAAUAGACCCCUUCUCCUUGUCUUCAGAAAGGGUAGGCCAGAAGUAUGUUUGCCUCACUUUUACUUAAUGGAAAUGUGCCACUCUAAAGAACUGAAAGAAAUUUGUUCACAUACAAUUUGUAAGAUUUUGAGUGAAUUGAACAUUUCUCAAGUACUGGACUCACUUAAAGGCUCUAAAAUAUACUAACUGCAGCUCAGGAGAGAGGUAUACAGAUAACAUUAACCACUUUGUUCAAUGCAAGGAUACAGAAACCUGCUUUUAUCAACAUUACUUUAAUAUACAGUAAUGGCCAUUUGGUCUUCCUAUUAAAAUGGUGAAGCAUAGAAAUAAUAUCUGACAUUUUGCACCCUGCCGCCUGUUAUCACACCAGUAACAGAAGUAAGCAUUGGGAGCCAAUAGUCUCUGAAAGGUGGACUUGUAUAUGUGUUGUGGGUUUAAUGAUUCUCUUAAUUCAACUGACUUGCGCUAGUGUGAUAUCUCCUAAUCUAGCACACAUCUCAAGGUUAUGCAAAAAUAUUUUGAACCAUUGGCCACUGUUUUCAUUUUUUUCCCCUAAUUUUUUUAUUCAGUAAGCUCCACCUCUGUAAAUAAUUUUGUGUAAAAAUUGACAAAAGUAUAUUUACUACACUGUAAAUACAUGUGAUUAUAUAUUGUAUUAUUUUGCUUUUUGUAAAGCAGUUAGUUGCUGUACAUGUAAACAUACAAAUUGAAUUCUAGUGUUAGUAAUGAUAACCUCUUCAUGUCACUGCAUUAUGUCAUUAUAUAUUGAGGAAAAUAAAGGUUUAAAGUGAGGAUAUGGAUGACCGUGUACUAAAUCACAGCUCGGUUGCUGUCCCCAUCUGACAUUUACAGAUGUUGCCCUAAUAAAGAUAAUUGCUGUCCAA